CUAAGAUCUGUGUGGGGCAAUCUGAAUUUGUUGUGCUAUUCUCAUAUUCCGUGUUUAUUACACCUUAUCGCAAUGAUUAGACAAUGAAAACCAAACAUUUGAUUAAAUUGUGAUCUAGGAUCCUGCGUUUAACAAGAUAACGGUUGCACUAUAGCACCAAAGCAAACUCAAAAAUCCAGCCACUCUUUUUAAUCUAAAGCACUCAAAGCGAAAGAGCGAAGUUUACAAAGUUGGAUGACCGUUUUCACUUUUAUUUAUUGAAAACUGCGGUUUAGACCUCAGUUAGCUCAUGGAGCAGUAAGCGAGCGGUUCUCUAGGCGCGCAAUCCAACUUUUCCUAAAUCACACCGUUAUGGCCACCUACACUUCCAUUAUCCCCACAACCGUUAAUCCCGAUCUGCAGAAAGAACGCGAUGGAGCCAGUUUUAGCAGUGAAGAACUCGCCGCAUGGUGGGCUGGGGGCGAGGAGAUUCUAAAGUUCAACCGGGGCGUUCGUGCAUACAUGCAGAAAGAUGUGGAUGUUUUGGGGAUGCUGCAGUUGCAAAACAAAUCGCACGAGGAGAUUAUUGAGGCUUCUACGCGUGGUGCUAUUGAUGCGGCCAAGAAGCUGCAACGUCUACAGGAGGAGCGUAAUCCUGGCGGAGACGACUACUGGCCAAAAAUGUUUGACCAUCAAGUGAUGUGGGGUCUCGUUCCCGGUGGAAAUCCCUUUGGCGUUAUGUACGUGAUGUUGGUGAAAGCUCUCCAGGCUCAAUGUACACCGGAGCAGUAUGCUGACUUCGGCAAGCGUUUAGAACGUUUUGAGAUUUGCGGCACAUAUGCUCAAACUGAACUGGGUCAUGGAACCUACCUAAGAGGUCUGGAAACUCGAGCAGAUUACGAUCCAAAAACUGAUGAAUUUGUACUCAACACUCCCAAGAUAUCUUCAUACAAGUUUUGGCCUGGAGGCUUGGGUCACAGUUCCAACCACUGUCUAGUUAUGGCUCAGUUAUAUAUCGACAACAAGUCGAAAGGACCGCACAUGUUCUUUAUCCAGGUGCGCGAUGAGGAAACCCACGAGCCUCUGCCUGGCGUUCACAUCGGUGAUAUUGGAAAGAAAAUGGGCUUUAUUGGAGUUAACAAUGGCUUCCUUGGCUUGAAGGAUGUGAGAAUUCCACGUACUCGCAUGCUGAUGAGACAUGCCCAGGUCAAUGCUGAUGGAUCUUAUAUUAGUAGUCCCACAAAUGUGCUCACCUACUUUGCCAUGGUACGCACGCGCUGUGUAGUUGCUAAAAACAAUUCCUUGAUGUUGGCAGGUGCUGCCACCAUUGCCACUAGGUACUCAGCUGUCCGUCGCCAGAGUCCCAUAAACCCCAAGGAACCUGAGCCACAAAUCAUGGAUCAUGUUACUCAGCAAAUGAAGCUCUUCCCGGAGAUAGCAACUAGUUUGGCUUACCGACAGGCCAGUGAUUACUUGUGGAAACUGUACGAUGUUACCAUUGAGGAUAUAGAAAACGGAAAAUACGAGCGUUUGCCAGAGUUGCAUUCCCUUUCCUGUGCUUUGAAAGUUACCUGUUCCAUGGAUUCUGCCUCAGGAGUAGAACGAUUACGACUGGCCUGUGGUGGUCACGGUUACCUCACCUCAUCCAACAUGAGCAACCUUUACGUUAAUGCUACCGCAGCCUGCACUUACGAGGGUGAGAAUACGGUUCUCCUCCUGCAGAUCGGCCGUUUUUUGAUGAAAACUUGGCGAGCGGCGUUGAGUGGAGCUCCACUGCCGCCCACCGUUCGCUAUUUAGCCGAGGUGCAAAAGAAUCCGGAUUUCGGCAAGUGGACGGGUAGUUGGGAAAACAUGGUGAAGGCCAUGCAGUACGCAGCAGCCAAUAAGACCCGCUUGGCUUUCAAGAGCCUUUCCAACCGCUUGUCCAAGGGCGAGACCGAGGCGAAUGCUGCUAAUCACACGGGCAUUGAGUUCACCCAGGCAGCAGAGCUUCAUGGACGUGCCUUUGUUUUCGGUUCGUUCACCGAAGAGGUGACUGGUCCCAAAUCUAAGAAACGUUCCACUGCGUUUAACCGAGUUCUGGAAAACCUUUUGGAGCUGUACCUGGUCAAGGAGACACUUAAUCAACUGGGCCAUCUGCUGAGGUUUAUUGAGAUAACCGAUACGGAUCUAACAAAGCUGCAGGAUCGCUUGGAAACUGUGCUCACCAAACUGCGACCUGAUGCUGUGGCCAUUGUCGAUGGAUUCGACUUUAGUGAUCUUCAACUGAACUCCACCUUGGGCUCUUACGAUGGCAAUGCCUAUGAACGUAUCUUCGAUGCGGCCCUCAAAAAUCCGGCCAACCAAAAACCAGUGCCAAAGUCCUUCCACGAGAUCCUGAAACCCUUCAUGAAGUCUAACAUCUAGUGCCUAGCACAUUUUUAUUACGUUUUUAAAUCCAUUAUCUAGUGACAAGCUUAGCUUGAUGUUUAUACCC